AUAUUUUACCACGCACCCGCAUCCGGCUCAACAACAUUCCAACCAACAUGGCAAGCCGAAAAGGUUCACAGCAAAGCCGGGGAGAUGGUGAUAAAUACUCGGUGCUGUUGCCCACUUACAAUGAACGAGAGAAUCUACCGCUUAUUGUMUGGCUAUUGGUAAAAUACUUCGGUGAAAGUGGAUACGAGUACGAGAUUAUUGUCAUUGAUGAUGGAAGUCCAGAUGGGACACUUGAGGUGGCAGAACAACUGCAGAAGAUAUACGGAGAGGACAAGAUACUCCUUCGACCAAGAGCAAAGAAACUAGGGUUAGGAACUGCCUACAUCCAUGGCAUUAAACAUGCCAGAGGGAACUAUGUCUUCAUAAUGGAUGCAGACCUCUCCCAUCAUCCUAAAUUUAUUCCAGAAUUCAUAAAGAAACAGAGAGAAGGCGGGUAUGACCUUGUGUCAGGCACCCGAUACAGAGGAAAUGGGGGCGUAUACGGAUGGGACCUGCGCAGGAAACUCAUCAGUCGGGGAGCAAACUAUGUCACACAGGUGCUGCUGAGACCUGGGGCAUCAGACCUGACUGGCAGCUUCAGGCUCUACAAGAAGGUGGUACUAGAGAGUCUGGUGGAGAGGUGUGUGUCCAAAGGCUACGUCUUUCAGAUGGAGAUGAUUGUCCGUGCUAGACAGCUGAACUACACCAUUGGAGAGGUUCCAAUUUCGUUUGUGGAUCGUGUUUAUGGGGAGUCUAAACUGGGAGGAAAUGAAAUAGUGUCGUUCCUGAAAGGACUGCUUACUCUCUUCGCAACAACAUGAUUUAUGAUGCUCUAUGUUUGGACUCAGCACUGCUUUUUAGUUUUUCAGUCAUGGCCUUUAGUGCAGUAAUUAACCUACAUCAAAAUCAGUGGCGUAGGACGCACCCCCACAAUCCACGCGAGGCUGGGGCCCCCAAGCUUUAGGGAGCAUCAAACAAACUUUUAUUUUGGUUGGGGAACCCCUAUAACUCAGGGAGCCUCCCAGAUAGCAAAUGAACACUUCAUAAGCCAUGGCAAAAUGUUUAGAAUUACAGGAAAUUUGUUUUAAAACUGCAAUAUUUUCUCUCACCCUCAUGGC